AUGGAUUUAACCAACAAGAUCAUCAACCUCAUCUUUUCUCCUUUAGCUUUGUACGGCCUUUUCGUCUUCUACCCAAUCUACCAGAGGCUAAAGUCAGCUGUCUCCAUCUACCGGAAUCUUUUCUCCGAAAAUGUGGCCGGAAAAGUGGUUAUCAUCACAGGGGCAGCUUCUGGCAUCGGCGAGGCUUUAGCAUAUGAGUAUGGGAAGAAAGGAGCGUAUUUAGCACUUGUUGAUAUAAGAGACGAACCUCUUUUCCAUGUGGCGGCUCUCGCUGAGCUCUAUGGCUCCCCUGAAGUCAUGCCCAUAGUUGCCGAUGUUUCCAAACACCAAGAUUGCGAGCGUUUUAUCCGAGACACGGUUCUUCAUUUUGGCCGAUUGGAUCAUCUAGUGACAAAUGCAGGAGUUGCUCCACUCUAUUUGUUUGAAGACCUCGAUGAUCUAUCAAAAGCUUCACCAGCUAUGGACAUAAACUUUUGGGGAUCAGUGUAUUGCACUUUCUUUGCUUCACCGUACCUAAAGAAGUCUAGAGGAAGGAUUGUGGUGAUUGCUUCUGGAUGUGGUUACAUUGCUUCACCAAGAUUGAGUUUUUAUUGUGCGAGCAAAGCCGCUGUGAUCGCCUUUUACGAAACAUUAAGAACCGAGUUUGGAUCGGAGAUCGGGGUAACGAUAGUAGCACCUGGAGUAGUUGACUCAGAAUUGACCCGAGGCAAGUUCAUGACAAAGAAUGGCGAACUUAAAGUCGACAAAGCUCUCAGAGAUGUGCAAAUGAACGUAUUGCCAGUGGAAUCAGCAGAGAGGUGUGCGAAAGCGGUAAUAAGGAGUGUGUGUAGAGGAGAUAGGUACUUGUUGGAACCGGCAUGGAUCGGUUCUGUAAUACUUUGGAAAGUGUUCUGUUCUGAGGUAACAGAUUCGUUGGGCCGGUGGCUAGUGAUGGCUGGACCAACAUUACCAAUGAAGAGGAUUCUUGAUCUAGUCAAUGCCCUAACAGUCUUCUUCUCUAUAUCUCAUUAUCAGUAA